UGCCCAUGAGAACUAGAAAUGCCGCUUUUCAGGAGGGAAACAAAGUGCAAAUCCCUGCCGUUGGACCUCAAACCGAUUUGAGCCAAUGGAAGAUCAGGAAGGUCCUAGCUGAGCCAGACGUCGCGUUGAACAGAAUGUUCAAGUUCACAAGAGCGGAGGCAGAACAUGUUCUGUGCAGCAUUGGCAGUGACAAGGUCGAGAAGGCAAGGGAAGGAGAAGAUUUGAGGGUCAAGAUGGUUGAUUUGGACACCGGAAGUCAGCACGAACUUUCCUUUAGGAAGGUCAGACGUGGAAGUGUCUUCGGGUUUAAGCUUGGUUGGGUGACACAUUUUGUUGUUAGGAGAAGACUCAAGGUUGGUGAUCAGAUUGGAAUGUAUGUUGAUCCAAGUUCUUCUAUGUUCUACUUUUGUGUGUUGUCCAGAGCCAGUGCAGAAAAUUAGAUCUAGUCCCUUCAUGUUUCAAGCAAUUCUUGGCUCAUGCUAGUGUAGGAAUGUAAGCAAGAAGUAAAAGACAUAUAGUGCUCUACCCCAUAUCUAAGAAAUGGAAUACAUUUAAUAAGCCAACGAAAUUUUCUAUCCUUUUUCCCUCUCUUAAUCCAGCAUGUGAGUAUUUGGUUUACUGAAAUUUGAUUUAUUGAUAUUAUUCCUAGUUUGAAGACACAAGACAUAACAGCAUUGUUUGUAACCAAUUAGCAGCUGAUAUAUUGAUCAUGUGUUACCCCUGAGUACCAUU